AUGCCUCUCGUCGCCAACACCCGCCCCACGCCCCGCGUGAUCCUAGGGCUGAUGACCUUUGGGCCUGACGAGUCCAACGGCGCCCGCAUCACCUCGCUAGACGAAUACAACAAGGUCCUGGACCACUUCCAGUCCCAGGGCUACAAUGAAGUCGACACCGCCCGCGCCUACGUCGGCGGCCUGCAGGAAGGCUUCACCGCCUCCGCCAAAUGGAAGGGCCGCGGCCUGACGCUGGCGACCAAGUGCUACCCACGUGAGCCCGGCACCCACCAGGCCGCACGCAUCACCGAGAGCGUCGAGACGAGCCUGGCCGAGCUGCAGACGGACUGCGUCGACAUCUUCUACCUGCACGCCGCCGACCGCAGCGUGCCCUUCGCCGAGACCCUCGAGGCCGUCGACAAGCUGCACAAGCAGGGCAAGUUCGUGCAGCUGGGCCUGAGCAACUUCACGGCCUUUGAGGUCGCCGAGGUCGUCAUGACCUGCAAGUACAACGGCUGGGUGCGUCCGACCAUCUUCCAGGCCAUGUACAAUGCCAUCACGCGCUCCAUCGAGGCCGAGCUUAUCCCCGCUUGUCGCCGGUAUGGUCUGGAUAUUGUCGUCUACAACCCCAUUGCGGGCGGUCUUUUCUCCGGCAAGUACAAGUCUUCCGAAGUGCCCACGACCGGACGCUUCUCGGAUGCUGUAGGCCGCAUGGGGGACAUGUACCGCGCCAGAUACUUCAAGGAUGCCACAUGGGAAGCUUUGCGUAUCAUCGAACCCGUCGUCAAGAAGCAUAACUUGACCAUGCUUGAAACAGCUUUCCGUUGGCUGACCCAUCAUUCGGCGCUGAGGAUCACGGAUGGCGGCAAUGAUGGUGUCAUCAUUGGUGUCAGCAGUUUGGAACAGCUGCAGCAGAACCUCAAAGAAUUCGAAAAGGGUCCGUUGCCGGACGAAGUGCUGAAGGCGCUCGACGAGGCGUGGCUCGUGGCCAAGCCCACAACACCAAACUAUUGGCAUCUGGACCUGAAGUACACCUAUGACACGAGGAAGGCUCUUUUUGGUUGA